AUGGCGAAUAGCAUUCUCAGCCACAGGUUGAUCAAUCCAGUCAACAAUGGAGCAUCUGGAAGUCUUAGAGGUGGUGGCAGAAAUAGUGGGGGUGGAGAAAAGAGAUCGAGAAAUGGCUGUCAAAUGUGUAAAUCAAGAAGGAAGAAAUGUCCGGAAGAUUUCAAUUUACGUCCAAGUGGAAAACUUGCUUGCAGUUCAUGCUUUCAAAAAGGCUUAGAUUGUCAUCCUCCAAGUCCACAAGGAGAUGAAACUCCGUUACAAAGACCUGUUCACAAGAAAGUGGCCACUUUGUCUUCUCGAUCUCACAAUCCUUCUCCAGCGCCUGGUAUGUUUUCCUCUCAACCCUCGAUCAAUUUCAGCAGUCUUCAUACAGAUUCAGCUCUAGGCCUCAAUCAGACAUUACCACCAGCUUCUACAUCUCUUCAGUCUCAACCUGCAUUCUUGCAAUCUUUACCUCAAGGGCAGUUACAACAGCAACCCAUUACUUCCACAUCAACUAAUGGUGCUCAACCUUUGAAUGACCUACAAGAUGCUGCAUGGCUCAACGAUUUCUUUAAAGAAUUCUCGCAUUUAUCCGAUCCAAUCUAUCAAGAUGCUAUCUGGCUAGCCAAUAAUCAACCAAAUGUUGCAAAUGCAAAUGCAAAUGUUUCACCUCAAAAUACUUCAUUGGCAACAUCGUCCACCUGGACUGCCACCACACCAGCCACAUCAGCACCUUCAACAUCAUCAAAACGAAUAGACGCACCUACAGGAAGAGCAGAGUAUGAUCGAAUCGUAGAAUCAGAUGAAUUGGACGAACUGCUGGAAAAGUAUAAACCUCUAUACGAGAAAGUAUGGAGAUCCACAAUCUCUGUCUCGGAAAAGGAUGAUGGUCUUAUGCGAGCCAUUCUGACACUUUCAAGGCGAUCAAAAGCAUGUAGAGCCGCAUCAGUAUCUGCUUGCUUAUCAUUGCAUAUGCUCAUGCAAAGGGAGAGAAAUAUGGAUCGACCUUCUUGUGGAAUGGGUUUCAUUCAUCAAUUAAUGGAGGAUGACGCAACAGGCACUCCAACUUUACCUCCCACAAAGCAUGAAGAUGCCCAAGGCAAUAAAAAAGAAUCUAGCCAAGGUGAAGCAACAGCUGAAGAUCAUACAAGUAUGACGUAUAAAUGGUACCAAUUCGCUGCAGACGAAUAUGAACGUUCCGGCAGUAAAGAUUCAAUGGCAGAACGUUUGGCCACUUUGCUCAAUUUACGCUAUACGAUCAUUGGCCUGGAUGGUGCUCGUGCUGGCUCUAUUUAUAUGGAAGAAAUUCGAAAGAUAUUGACCGAAUUAGGUGUCAGUACACAUUAUCUGCGGUACACCAGUUAUUGCGGAACAAUUUUGGGUGUGAUGUUGCAAAGUACACUUGUGAUCGAUAUAUUUGAAGCAGCAACAAAGAGACAUAAGAGAUGUGCAGUUCUGGCGUCAAAUCCGACUGUUUCUCUCACUUCUUCGCCUGCUUAUGGUGGUACGCCUUCUUCAAGUAUUGCAACUGAUUCCGUUUCCCUUAGUGCAUUGAACAGCGAGGUUUUGGCUCAAGACUUACAGAAAGGACCUUUAUACGAGUACGAAUUCCUUUCUUGUUUGUCUUGUGACAUUAUCGAAGCUUUAUUGCACAUUUGCAAUCUGGACGCUGAUAUUCACGAAAAUCUGUUAUCCGAUGUCGACAAGAAAGCCCGGAUAGAAGAAGUUGAAUGCAUGAUCCGUCAAGCGAGAUUGAUACGAAAGAAUAACAACGACGGAGCAGCUUUUGUUCGUUCAAUCGCCGUUCAUGAGAUGUGGCGACAAGCAGUUUUAAUUUCAUUUUAUCAAAGAAUUCUCAAUUUAGGUGCACUUGCUGCUAAAAUUCAAACUGCUCUUCAAGAAAUUUUAUCGUUAGCAGAUAUGUUAUCAACUGCUCUUACACCUUCUGAAACGUGGGAUAUGUGGAUGGUUUGGUUUUUAGCCUCAACUGUUGCAAUCACGCAAGAACAAAGAAAAAAAUGUAUUUUAUAUUUAGAAGCAUUAGGAACGGAACAAGCGAUUAUGGAUAAUUUGGUAAUUAUUAAACAACUUUGGAAGGCUUCUGAUGAAACGGGAUAUCCGCAAGAUUGGUAUGCGAUCGCCGAUGCGAAUGGAUUGAGUCCUGAACCUGCUGUCAUGCGUGUAUUCAUUGUGGGGGAAUUGGACCGACACACAUCCAUCUUUACUACCACAUCCGCUCUCGCAACAUCAUUAGGUGAGUAUUAUUGCGAGACACUCUGUGUGAUGACACAAUUUACACUUGAAAUGAAGGAGACGCCGCUUUUGCGAUUCUACAUGUCCCGAUCAAGAUCGGAUAGUUUGCAACCUGAGCGGGAAGAAGGAGGCAGGGGCUCAACAAUGAUUAUUUCGAUACAUCGGCAAGUGCCAAUUAUUUUGAUUUGCUUUGGUGUCCUUAUUGGACUCUGUCAGUCACAAUCGCUAUAUUCACCAUACCCUUCAAGAACAACGAUCCUUGCUCAAUCCAACAAACCCAGAGAGAAUGCUACUGUGGUGAACCAUAUCAGAAGGCAUACAUCCGGCCGUACAGUAUUGGCAUAUGUUACCCCAUGGAAUCCUCGCGGAAUAAGCCUGGCUGAAGAAUUCCGAGGAAAAUUUGACAUCAUCUCUCCUGCAUGGCAUACAAUCGAUCCUGGUCAUGUUGACGGAAAGACAUACUACAACGUAGGCGGAGGAACAACAGGAAAAAAGGACGAUGAAUGGAUAAAGCGAAUGCAAAAGCCUGGCAAAGAUGGAAAUGGUAAUCCACUUCCACCUGUCAACAUUUCUCCACGUUAUGUAUUGGAUCAAUUCACUGCGGAAGAUUUGUUGGAAUUGCUACAAAAUGACGAAUUGAUGGAACAGAUGGCCAGAAAUGUCUAUCUUUCGGUGAUGGAUAAUGGAUAUGAUGGUGCAGUGUUCGAAUGUGCGGCAGUAUGGGCAAUCGAACCUUUGAUCAAAUUGAUCGGAGAAAAGCUUCAUGCGGAGAAGAAAACGUUAACUGUUGUCAUUCCUGCUUUACGUGGCGAACAUGGUGAAGAGGCUACCACAUCAAACAAGAUUGCUAUCCAUGGUAUGCGAGUAUUGUCACCUCUUGCAGACUAUACAAUGGUCAUGACGUACGAUCAUGCAGGCUUGGCAGGCGUACAAUACGGAGAUGUUUACGAUAGAAGUGCUUUACCUGAUGGAAGUGCCUUAGCUCAAGAUGGCGUUCGAACACCCGGUCCAAAUGCACCUUUGGAGUUUCUGGAACAGAAUCUGGAACAAUUGACCGGCCAACUAGAAGUGAUGGAAGGACCACAAUUCUCCAUGUCUGGAUCAGGUGUCGAUUCUGUUUAUAAUUCAGAGGGAGCGGCAGAACGUCUAUUAGUCGGGCUCCCAUUGUAUGGCUAUACGUACCCUAUCGCAUGGUUUGAUAACACCAUCAUUGCGCAAGAUAGUGUUCCCCGUCUUCCACCUGCAUCACCUUUGGUGGCCGAUGACAAUGACGCUGAUGCCCAAGCCAAAGCAAGAGAAAAGGCAGACAAGAAAGAUCGUGAAACUGCAAACAUUGUUCCUUUGUUGCGUUUUGCUGGAGCACCAUUUAAGCAUAGUGAUCUAGAAGCGCGAUUAAAGCACAACAAAGCACUAAUCCGAUUAGACGAAAAAAGUCAAGAACAAUAUUUCGAUUACGUUGAUCAAUUAUCACCUUCGAUUAUUGAACAUAUGGCCAAAAAGAAUCCCACUAAAAAUGUUGAUGAAAAUCCAAUGGCAAAUGCAAGUUAUUUCCGAGCUUAUUUCCCCAGUGCACAUACCAUGAAACAAAGAUUACAAGUCAUUCUCGAUAAACCCGGCGCCGGGAUUGCGCUUUGGGACUUGGGUCAAGCCGGUGAAUGGCUCUUGCACGAAUUGUAG